AUGUCUUCUCGGAACAGCAGGGUGCAGGAAUCCGGUAAGCCGCCUCGGCUGCAGGCUUGGGUUAUCAUCAACCCGACGAGUGGCCAAGGGAAGGGCGAACUCCUCCAGCGGCGCAUCGAGAGGAUGCUGCGGAUGGAGUUCGGUGACUGUGUUGCUCGAGUGCGUGUUGCUAGCGAGUUGAUAUCGAGCAAUGGUGCCACAGUAAGCCGGAAUGCCAAUCAUUCACCAAUCUCGCCUUUAAAACCCACAUCGCCGUCGUUCUUGUCCUUCACUGAAGCACCGCAUAAGUUAGGCCCUGCUGCUAACGAUGCAACGACGAACUGCUCGUGUCAGGGCGGAAUACGGGUUGACAUUGUUGCCACGGAACAGAACAUACGCGGGCGAGAGGUGGCGCAACAUCUCACGAAGAUGGUGGUAAUGUCUCGCCUGCGUCGUUGCCUCAAUGAUGAGGUUGCCGCAGCGACAGAGUAUAGCAUGAAGACGACGAGCAUGAGUCAGAAAGAAAACGUGGAUUCGCUGCACGUUUUUGUAGCCGUCGGAGGAGACGGCUCUUUAAGUGAUGUCGUUAACGGCAUGUGUCGUGGUACCUUGGAAGCGUUUCGGGAAAUCAUACCAACGUGUAUGCAAAGCGAUGCAAGUUCUACAAGUGACAUGGACUCAAUGCAGUACUACUGGCAAUCGCUGGAAGACCGAUCUAUAUUGCGGCACUUUCUCCCACCUUUGAUUUACAUUCCCGCAGGCACGGGCACGGACUUUGCCAAAUUGGGGUUGGGCUGCCGCAAUGCACAAGAGUUCGUUAAACUUCUGCGCAGCGUCUGGGAGCACCUCCCGCCAUGUUCCUCCCCUACCACCUCGGCGCAGGUACUAACGGGUACAAAUGGUACCCAUUCUGGUGAGGAAUCUAGUACCACCGCCGUGACAGAGGGUAAUACAUAUAAAACGAAUGAUUUGCCGCCACUUGAGUUUGAGGUGUAUGACGUGGACGUGGCGCGUGUGUUUUUUCCUCGCAGCGGCCGAAACCAUUUUUUUAUCAAUGAAUGCUCAUGUGGAAUGUCUUGUGAUGUUAUUGAGAAAUGUGAGGCGUAUAAGGAAAGCAAACUUCUGUCCUUGUUGGGGGGCAAACUAAUGUUCGCUGUGGCGUCUAUAGUCUCUGUGUAUCAGGUGCGGCCAAAGCCAUUUCGCCUUGUUGCCCUACCUGAAUUUGCCUCACUGCCGUCAAACAGCCUCGUCCCGCGCCGCAUUGGCAGUGAUCUGCUACACCAACACCUCGUCAUGAAUGACGUGGCGCUUCGGGGGGUACAACGUGACUUUAAAUGGGUGAAGAGAUCUGCGGCAACGGAGGCGCUUCCAGCGACGGAGCCCCUGCGCUUUGGAGCCAAUUACUACGCGUAUGAUGUCCAAGGUGAGAGCGUUGCCUCAGAUCGUACGGCUUCCGCCGCGUAUGGAAAAAACGGUCGUCAAUCCAUUUUACUCUGA